GGCAGACGAGCGUGCCCGUUCAGAUAACGUCUUUCCAGCAGUCUUUCCGCAGCCCCUCGGUGUGCAAAGGAGGACGCGGGUCAUCAGGAAAGAUGUUCUUUGUGGCCGGAGCCAAAAAUACAGGAGGGUCAGGCCGAGGGAAUGAAAGGAGGUCACUCUACCAGAAGUUCCGCGAGGUAGAUAUACUGGACAAGAAAAAGACGGUGACAGCGUUGAAGCCUGGUGAGGAUCGAGCCAUCCUCUUGGGUCUCGGGAUGAUCCUCUCUUCCGUUAUGAUGUACUUUGUCCUGGGCAUCACCAUACUGCGCUCCUAUGCGGACAGCGUGUGGACAGAGGAGGGCGUGUGUGUUGUUGUCAACUCCACUGUCACAGCAGACAUGAACUGCUCCUAUAACUGUGGGUCAGACUGCUGGAGAGUCGCCAAAUACCCUUGUCUGCAGGUCUAUGUGAGCAUCAAUAACACGAGCCGUGUCAGCCGUUUAUCUCGCAAUGAGGAGACCCAGGAUGCCAGCUCUGAAUGUUUCUACGUGCCCAAGUGUCAAAAGGAUAGCAUGGUCAUGCAGGCCAUGAUUAUGAACAUCUCUGAGCGUCUAAAGGUAAGUCAGCAAGUUCUCUGCUACUAUGACCCUGGCGAGCAGCAGGACAGUGUGCUCUUGACCCGGCUGUACGGCCACAGUGCCGUCCUCCAUUCGCUCUUCUGGCCUUCCUGCAUGCUCACAGGGGGGACCUUCCUCAUCGUGAUGGUUAAACUAACACAGUAUCUCUCCAUACUUUGUGAGGAGAUAGGCAAGGUCAAGAGGUGA